AUGCCCCCCAAAAAGCCACCACCAAGAAAGCAGCCAGGAAAACCUUCAGGGCAAAGCAUUCGACCCACCAGUCCAGUGAAGGGACGGCACAAGCUCCGAAACGUCUUGACAAUACCCAUGGGCCGCAACGCUCGCGCAAAUCUUCUGGCUCAGAAGAUGAAUUCUUUGCUUGACCCAAAAUCAGCAGAUUUGAAAACCGAACCGUCUGGACAACGGAUGGAGGAGCAUAUAAUCCUUGAGGAUCGAAUGGAAGUGGAUGAAACAAGCGCAAUGAGCGAGGAUCUAUGGGAAGAUAUUGCACAUGACGCAGGCCCUACCGCGGGGCCCGCCGCGGGGGGUGCCGCGGGGGGUGCCGCGGGGGGUGCCGCGGGGGGUGCUGCGGGGCCCGCCGCGGGGCCCGCCGCAUGGCUGGGUGUUGGGGCUGGAAUGCCGCCAUUUAUCCCUGAAAUUCUUGCGCGACCACAUGCUUUGCAGAGGAAGCCACGUGCUAUGCAGGCCUCUUCUGUGUGGAUCAAUCUCAUCCCUGAUCUUGCCAUCUCUCUGCUGGCAUUUCGGAAAUCAUCCUUUGCAUGUCCACCCGCAUCACUCGCUGAAACCAUUCAUCAAAAUUGUGAAAAUCCUGCCUGUACCCCAACUAAAAUUCGUGUCCUAUGUCUCCACAUCUCAUAUUUUCAACAUAUCAAUGUCCGAACAUGUUCUUGUGUUCCCCCUGCAACUGUUCUACUGGAGCAUGGUGCUCUGGCCACCUCACCUAGCAAGCCACAAAUUGCUGUUACAGUCAAUACAUUGGAGAUAUACCAGGCAUUGUUUCAACGCUCCUGCAUCGCCAUUCAAGCAUUCACAAACGCUCUAACAACCCUCUAUAAUACCAGAGGAUUUGAGCUGAUGUCCAAAACCUUUGAUGGUGAACAUGCUGCUGAUCCUCUUCGACAAGCCUUAUCCCAGGCAGUGCAUGUGUACAGCAGCAUUCAACAGCAUAUCCGAAAAAUGGUCAAUGAUGCCUUGGCCAAAGAGUAUUGCCGUAGCAGCACCGGAUCAUCUCCAAGAGACUCCAUAGCUUCCACCUGUGAAAUUUCCCCUGCACAUGCUGAGCCACAUCCAUCAGUCUCAAUCACAGGACCUUGCGAGGUGUCCAUGCUCGGUGCACCCCCCGCCGCACCCCCCGCCGCACCCCCCUUCGCACCCCCCGCUGCGUCCCCCCCUGCACCCCCCGCCGCACCCCCCGCCGCACCCCCCGUUGCACCCCCCGCUGGGUCCCCCCCUGUACCCCCCGCUGCGUCCCCCGCCGCACCCCCCGCGUCAUUUACCCCUGCCAACCACACCGUCAAAUCUGAUGAUCAACUCUUGCUGGUCCCUGGAUCUGCAAAUCGGGUUCUACAGAGCCGGUGUCCCUUGUGUUUUUCCCUGAAGGAAUGGGGCCGUCCGCUUGCUAUCGGUGGGGAUGUCCAAUUUGGUGCUGAUGGUUGCUUCAACUAUCGUCAUCUCCGAGCUGCUGGCAACGGACCAUCCUUGUUCAGUCAGGAGUACUUCCUGACACCUGAAGAGGUUCACAAGGUCAAAGAGACUGUGCUUUUGGCGAGGAAAUCUCCGAAGCCUCUCAAAGAGUCUCUAAUUUCAGCUGAUAUUGUGGAUGCCUGUGGAGAGUCAUGGACUGCCGCAAAUGAGCACAAACAAAAGGGGGAUCCAAAGCGCUAUGACUCCACUGGCAUCUUUGCACUGACAUGUCGUCACUCACAAGUCCUGUUCAUGUGUGAUAUAGACACUCCAGGAGAGCAGCAGCACUACAUAAUUGCGCUCUUGGAGAAGGUGGCCUCACUCCUGCCAUCCAAUGCAACCAUUACGCAAUGUUAUGAUAUCGGUUGUUCUGUCACUUCUAUCCCCGCCGCACCCCCCGCCGCACCCCCCGCGACACCCCCCGCGACACCCCCCGCCGCAACCCCUGUGACACCCCCCGCCGCACCCCCCGCCGCACCCCUUGAUAGAGUCCAUAUCAAUGCUGACUAUACUCCGAAGUUCCCCAUCCUUUCUGCCCAUUUGCGAUCUCGCGUAUCAUUCUCUCUGAACGCGAUGCAUGCAUUUGGACAUCAAUGGGCCUGCCAAUUGGUCUACAACCCACGCAUGAAGUUGGGCCCCCCUGUUCGAGUCCAACGUGAGCUCGGCAAGAUAGUCAGCCUUCAAAAUCAAAUUGAAGAUAUUGAUGACACUCUGGAGCAACUCCAAAAGACUGUCGAAGAUAGACAGAGCUCGGAGUCAGCACAUAUUGCGAUCCAGGAUCUGCAAUCCACUCAUGUCAAGCUCAGUCAACAAGCUGAGCAUCUGUUCACUUCACUCAACCUGGAGACUCAUUAUCCAGAGCUGGCUGGACUUCCCUUUGAAUUUGUGCAGAUCCUGCUGCUGAUGAGGGACCUCAAGAUUCAGAUUCGCAAACAAGCAAUUGGGACAUUUUUGGAAUGGGAGAAUUUAGACCGUGCUGUCCAAGGACGACGGGAGCCACUGGGUACGAAGCUUCAUCAAGCAGCGCGUAAAGCUCUUUCGAAACGUCAGCCAACGCUGCAUCGUCUUAUCGACAAAUUCAAUUCCUUUUGCUCUCGACUGGAAGAGAUUCAGCCUCCACACUGCUCUGUUCCCAUCCCUCUCCCACUUCCUACCAAGCUAAACGAGCUCAAGUCUCAUACCAACCUCUUCGAAGAUGUAUGGAUCACUCCCUCGGAAGGGGAUGUCCCAUUGUGGCUCUGCGAUGAAAAUGUCCGUCAGGGAAUUUCAAGUCUCCAUGUACUGGACCGCUGUCAUGAGGAAGGGCUUCGCCUGUCCCGAGAGAGCGAAAACAUGCUGCGUUGGAUUGAUCAAGAGUCUUUGCUGCUUCUUUCAGCAAAGGAUUGCAUUUCAAAUCACAUUCUGCAACAUGAGCUGGAGCAAGAAAUCAACUUUCUUCGACGUGUUGCAUCAAGAUGGCGCCGUCAAUUGCAAAUUCCUCAACCUCGGCUGCUGGCUAUGGACCCGACACUCUCUGUCAGCUCCCACAAUUUCACCCCCGCUGCGACCCCCGCCGCAGCCCCCGCCGCAGCCCCCGCCGCAGCCCCCGCCGCGACCCCCGCCGCGACCCCCGCUGCGCCUCUGAACCCAGAACCCACGAUUGAGGAACACACAAACCAGGUGGAAGCUGAUCCUCUUGAAGAUGACAUGAAUCAGUCUCUAUGGGUUGAUUCUGAGGACAUUUCCGUCGAUGAGGUUGCAGCCUGUCCCUCAGACUCAGAAGAGGCUCUUGCCGUAUCAGAUAUGAUGGAAACAGAUGAUGACGAAGACACAGCAACACUUGAACGUGACAAUUGCCAUGUCAGAAUAUCCUGGGCUUCAUUCACAAAGUCUCGAUCCACUUGUGACAACAAUCUCCUGAGAGAUCUCACAGCACAUGUUGCCAAAUUUUCCGUGAUACGUGAUCUCCAAACUCGUGUGGUUGUCCUCCCUGGAAACCUGCCCGCUGUUGCAGUCUAUCAAAGUGAUUUAGCACUACUCACAGGAUCAACAGCCCGAUUAAAUGGACACAUCCUCAACAGUGUGUCAGCAGCCAUUCUCUCAUGGUGCAUGCAACCCUUCUCGCUGCAUGCCCUGUCUGCACAGAGAUGCGCCCUUCUUUCUACGUAUGAUCUACAUCGAGUCCGUUUCAAUGCUCCUGAUAAGGUUAUCUGGAAAAAUCUGGCCCCUACGGAGUAUUGGAAUAAGUCAAUCUGGAUUAUUCCAGUCCACUGGCAAGCCCAGGAACACUGGGCUCUUGUCAUUGUCCUGGUACAUGAGCAAAAGCUCCUCCUCUUCGACAGCUUGGCUCAGAAGCGAGCUGAAAAAGACCAGAAUGUCAUGUUACUGGUGACCCGCAUGACACUCCUGGCACAUCGAAACGGAUAUGCGCUCCCUUUGAGUUUGGAUGGGGAGGCCUGGACUGCAGAGCCCAUGAUUUCCACUGCAGUUCAGUGCAACAGUUACGAUUGCGGUGUUUGGGUCCUUGUCAUUAUUGCAGCUGUUCUGCGCGGAAUGCUGGGAUCUAACAUCGCUGAACCACAAAUUCCGUUUCUACGGCACACUCUCACCAACUUCAUGCUCACGCUUCCAUGCGUGCCGGCCUGA